AACAAUAUUAGAGUUUGCCGGUUUCUUGAACAUGAACUAUGAUUUAAGAUGCAGUAUUCUGUCGGGUCGGAUAAGCUGUCGCCUCCCAUUGAUUGCCUUCCAGGAUGCAGUUACUGUGCAGGAGGAAACCGUCGCCCGCAAAGGCCACUUUUACGGCGUCUAUUUGCUUUGCAGUCAGAGUUUGUAUUCUCGGUAUAGAGGAAAAUGCUAUGUGGGCUUCACCGUUAACCCAAAACGCCGGAUACGCCAGCACAAUAUGGGAUGCGACUUUGGAGGCGCAAGAAAAACCAGUCGCAAGGGGCCCUGGCAAAUGGUAAUGAUUGUGCACGGAUUCCCGAAUAAUAUUGUGGCACUCCAGUUUGAGUGGGCUUGGCAACAGCCCUCGCUUUCCACUAGACUUAAAAUGUACCCAGAAUUAAAACGGAAACUGCCCAGGGAAAAUUACUUCGACUACAACUUUAGGAUCCUCAGUAAGAUGCUGGGAGUCGGGCCUUGGCAUCGCUUGCCCCUCACCGUUCGCUGGCUAGAAACGGAUUAUGAGAGGCCAUUUGAUGUGCCACUUCCUAACCAAAUGGAGAUUGUGAGUGGUAAGGUUACCAUUGCUGCCUCGCAACGUAAGGGAGCUGACGACGCGGCAGCUCCUCCACCUGUGGCUUGGGCUCCCGAGUGUCACCUAUGUAUAAAGCAAAUCGAGCAGCCGGAAAGGUCCCGGCUUGGAUGUACGAAUCCAACCUGUCGGCUCACCUGCCACAUGCUGUGUUUGGCCAAUUAUCUCCUGGCCGAUGAGCCAGGUCAUUAUAUCCCAGUUGGAGGAGAGUGCCCGCUUUGCGAGACCCGGCUCGUUUGGGCAGCCCUACUGCAGCGCAAACGUCUCCUGUCGGGUGUGCCCGAGGAACUGCAGGAUCAGGAUGACGAUCUUAGCGAUGAUUUCGAUGUGGACAGCGAGGUGGAAUAUGUGCCGGCUUGAAAAUCGUCUGCAGUCCUAAAUGUUCAGUUUUCAUAAAAGAUGUUUUUAGAUCUCUGUGUAUUUUCUCUG